AUAGACGUGACACAUGAGUAGAUUGACCUCUGUCAUAAAAAAAAAAGAACCGGCUAGCUAACAUGUCAAUCGUCGGCGGCAGAGAGAGGGAGAGAGUGAGAGUUGGUGAUAGGUUCAAUAGCUGUUUCGAUUUUAGAAACACAGUUGUUUGUAUUCAGUCGAUUUAGGCCAAGGCCUUUGCGUUGUUUGCAAACAAAAACACCGGCGGCAGAAGGAGGAUACGAGCCUCAUAUUUCUUCUACUGCUGGUACUUGUAUAUUUCAGAGGUCCGAGCCUAGGCCUAGACACAGGGUGUUGAAUUAUCCACUCAGGAAGUACCACUUGUUUGAUAAAUCAGCAGUAAUAAUGAUGACUGAGAAUGAAGAUGAAUGCGAUGUGCAAAUAUGCAGGUUAAUGAAACCAGAUGAUGCAAAUAUUGCUGGCAACGUGCAUGGAGGAACAAUCCUAAAAAUGAUUGAAGAAGCGGGAAUAAUUGCCAGUACUAGACAUUGCAAUAAUCCAGCUCAUAUGAAUGACGAAUAUGAGCCGAGUGUUUCUGCAUUGGUACGUGUAGAAACCACUGACUUCCUCCAGCCCAUGUUCAUCGGAGAAGUUGCAGAACUACGAGGGAAGGUAACCUAUUCAGCUCCUCACUCUGUUGAGGUCCAAGUCAUGGUCACAGCUGAGAAUUUAUUGAAAGGUACAAAACGUUUGACCAAUUUUGCAACGCUUUGGUAUGUUCCAAUGAGUGCUGAUGAAAAAGGGAAGGUGUUACCUGCUCCACCUUUGAAGUGCCCUUCCAAAGAUGUUGAAGAGGCGGGACGUGCUCGCUAUGAGGCACAAAAAGCCGAGCGAAGAAGAAUUGGGCUUGGUGGGAGACCAAGCCUUCUCAUAAAAUCCAAUGAUUUUUAUGAUGAUGAUGGUUCUUCAGAAACUCUCACUGUAUCCCACUCAAGGUCAUCUCUAAUCCAUUUGGUUGGUCCGUCUGAUUGCAACACAUACGGGUAUGCCUCUGGCGGUGUCACAAUGAAACUAAUGGACGAGGUCGCAGGGUGUGUGGCAGCCAGGCACUGCAGGACAAACAUUGUCACUGCAUCCAUGGACGCCACCAACUUUCACAAGACGGUCAGAUUAGGUAGUAUAUGUCACCUGACUGGCAGAGCAACUUUCACUAGCAAUCGGUCUUUAGAGAUAGAGGUAAUGGUGGACACAGAAUAUCUAUUGGCGGGAUCAGAUGUCAGGGAGAGGGCAGUACAUGCAUUUUUCACCUACGUCUCCUUAGGGCCAGAUGGAAGGACGCAACCUAUACCACAACUCAAGGUACAAACUGAGGGAGAAAAAAUCCGCUAUGAGGAAGGAAAACUACGAUACGAACAACGAAAAUCAAAACGUGCUGCAAAUAAACAGUCAAAGCCUUCAACUUCGUAAUUUUAAAUAACAAUAAUAACAGUAAUAAUAAUAAUAUUAAUAAUAACAGUAAUAAUAAUAUCAAUAAUAAAAUAAAAAAAUUAUUUGUUCCAGUUUCUUUGAAAAUAUUUUAUUACAGUAUGGCUGUUGUUUUUGCUGCCAUGGUUCUUGUUUUGUUACACAAUGAAAUUAAAAUUGAAUACUGUAUAGUAGUUGGUCUAUACAUCAUAAAAGAUUAAUAAAUGGUUGAUAAAGAACAAUACAUGAUUACUGAAAAUACGAACUUUAAAACAUGUUUUAAUGAAUAUAUGUAAGUUAAUUUGCAAUAUGAUUCUCUUUAUUCAAAUAAAAUUUUUUAAUUUA